CCCGCGGGUCAAGAGAGCGGGUGGCAAGGAGACUCCGGGCUAGGGUCGCGGCGGGAAUGUGGAAGCGUUUGGUCCUCCGUGGCGUCCGGAUCGCGAGUGGAGUCGACUUGUCCCGCUGACUGCUCCCGGGACAGGGCAGGGUUCUAGGGGUUUUGUUUUUGUUUUCGCUUUUAGAGGGAGGGGGUGGAAGGGAGGAGGAGAAUGCACAGAAUACUGACUGGGAAGUUAAUUGGAGCAUUUCAGAUGCGAAUAGCGGAAUAAUUCCGUAUUCUUCAUUCAGUUGCUCCAUUAGGCUAACUUCAUUUCUGAAUUCUCAGUUUUGAAAUCGGCCACUGUAUUUGGCAGAAUUUGGCCGAAUUCAGGGGUGAGAGUUUGAUCCAAGCUGAGUGCAUUUUAAUUAGGGCUCUCAAUUCAACCACUGUUUACAAUGGAAUUUCUGAAGAUCUGUAUACUUAGAAGAAAUGCAUAUACUGCGGUUUGCUUCUGGAGAAGCCAAGUUGUACAAAAACCGUUAAUUAGAAGGAUUAGUACUACCUCUCGAAGGAACUCUGUCAUGCCGGCUUGGGUCAUAGAUAAAUAUGGGAAUAAUGAAGUGCUUCGAUUUACUCAGAACAUGAUGAUACCUAUAAUACACUAUCCAAAUGAAGUCAUUAUCAAAGUUCACGCUGCGAGUGUAAAUCCUAUAGAUGUUAAUAUGAGAAGUGGCUAUGGAGCUACGGCUUUAAAUAUGAAACGUGAUCCUUUACAUAUUAAAAUCAAAGGAGAAGAGUUUCCCCUGACUCUGGGUCGGGAUGUCUCUGGUGUGGUGAUGGAAUGUGGACUUGAUGUGAAGUACUUCAAGCCUGGAGAUGAGGUCUGGGCUGCAGUUCCUCCCUGGAAACAAGGCACUCUCUCCGAGUUUGUUGUAGUCAGCGGGAAUGAGGUCUCUCACAAGCCCAAAUCACUCACUCAUACUCAAGCUGCCUCUUUGCCGUAUGUGGCUCUCACAGCCUGGUCUGCCAUAAAUAAGGUCGGCGGCCUGAAUGACAAGAAUUGCACAGGAAGACGUGUUUUAAUCUUGGGCGCUUCAGGAGGAGUUGGUACUUUUGCUAUACAGGUAAUGAAAGCAUGGGAUGCUCAUGUGACAGCGGUUUGCUCUCAGGAUGCCAGUGAACUUGUAAGGAAGCUUGGGGCAGAUGAUGUAAUUGAUUACAAAUCUGGAACUGUGGAAGAGCGGUUGAAAUCUUUAACACCGUUUGAUUUUAUCCUUGAUAAUGUUGGUGGAUCCACCGAAUCGUGGGCUCCAAAUUUUCUCAAGAAAUGGUCAGGAGCCACAUAUGUGACAUUGGUGACUCCUUUCCUCCUGAACAUGGACCGAUUGGGCAUAGCAGACGGCAUGUUGCAGACAGGUGUCACCGUGGGCUCUAAGACGUUAAAGCAUUUCUGGCAAGGAGUCCAUUAUCGCUGGGCCUUUUUCAUGGCCAGUGGUCCAUAUCUGGAUGACAUUGCACAACUGGUGGAUGCAGGAAAGAUUCAGCCAGUUAUUGAAAAAACCUUCCCUUUUUCUCAAGUUCCCGAAGCCUUCCUGAAGGUGGAAAGAGGACACGCACGAGGAAAGACCGUAAUUAAUGUCGUUUAAAUAAAUCUUCAGUUUGGUGA